ACGACCGUUGUUCUAACCGGCUUUGACCGAACUUCCUGAAAACUUCCUGCAACUUCCCUCAUCUGCAAAGCCGCAAUCAUCACACCAACAACACAAGCAAAAAUAAUACAAAACAAAAACAUUUCUGGACACUCGCUUCUUACCAUAGCUCACACGAAUACAAAAAAACCUGGGCCAGAAGACUUGACAAUUCACACAAAGCGCAAUAUAAUGACGUAGACUACUGUAAUCCACACUUGGCUCUUGCACCAACAUGAGUACUUUGUUGUUCAAAACUACGACUACUGCUACUAUUUUUGUUUUUUAUUAUUAUUAACUACUACUACUAUUACUCCUUUUUUAUGAUCAAAUUCACAAUUACGACUAAAUAAACGUGUAUUGGGGAAUAUGUUUCUGUCACACACUACACUGUUGCCUUUUUCUCCAUCUCCUCACCUGGACAGGGUUUAGUCUCAUCCCAUCAGCGGCCCGUUCCUCCCUCCUGUGUGCACGCAACUCCAUCACUGUCCGAAACUAUAGUCCCCUCCAAAAGGUUAGGAACAAUGAAGCAAAUUCCUUUUUUUUUUUUUUUUUUUACUGUGGACUCCAAAAGAUUAAUAUGAGGCAAGAGAUCAACAUUUCAGAUUUUAUUUCCAGUAUUUUUUAUAACAAAAAAAUGGAGUGUUCCUUUACAAAUAAUGUUAUCAUCUAAGUUAUGUAUCAGAUCCAGAUGUAAACACCUGGAAAUCAAAGCCAAAAUGUAGAAUUUUUUUUGUCUCAUAUUCGUCUUACGGUGUCAAACUCAAAUGUUUCUAGUUGUGAUGGAAAAAUGAUAUUGUUCAGACGAAGUUACUGGUGAAGGCUACCUCAUUAUUUUCGGCUGAACCAUUCCUCCAUGUUUUCAUGGAAUAAGAGCGUGACCCCGUCUAGCACGAGGGUCGCAUCUGCCGCCAGCCACGGCUCCGCACUAGCAUCGUGCCUCGCUCUCUCACUGAUGCUAGACGAGCAUUGCUAUAUCGUCCAUCAGCUGGCUGACGUUGCUGGAGAGAGACCCCACAAUGACGGACAGUCCAUGUGGUCGUACCCUCCUCAGUUGUCGCCCAGCUCCCAGCUAUUGUCUGGAUCAUGAAGGAGGAAGAAAAGAGUUUGGGAAAGUCCUGCGUUCAAAAACCAAUGGCAGUUUUAAUAUUGUUUUCCAUCUUCAAUGCAAUUCUCCUGUUUCAACUCUGGAAAACCUCAAAGGAUCAAAAGUAUUCACAUCCACCACCAAAGCCCAACCAGCAGAACAAUAUUGGAUUUGUAUCCCAAGGACAAUAUAACUAUAAACCGACAGUAGAAGGUGACAUUUGUAAAUUCCAACCCUCCUCCCCACAAGAACUUAUUGAAGAACAGAACAUAUUCAGCUCAAUAGCUUGGCCCCAAACACCACCCCUGCUGGGUAACAAGUCCACCAACGCCCGUGGCAGUAGCUUUACUCUUCACAGAGGCGCUGGAGGGCAACAGUGGCAUGUUGGCGAUGAACUGAGAGUAACUAUUACCAUGAAGGACUUCCUGGGCAAACCAAAGAAGACUGGAGGAGAUGUCCUAGUUGCCCGAGUCCACAACUCAGUUCUUCAGGCUGGUGUUGCAGGGCAAGUUAUCGACCAUGAAAACGGCUCCUACACAGCCACAUUUCCUUUACUCUGGACUGGAAAAGCAACCAUCGAGGUGACUCUUCUUCAUCCCAGUGAGGCCGUCACAGUAAUAAGAAGACUGAACAAAGACAAUCCAGACAGAGUUUACUUUAAAAGUGUUUUCCGCCUAAAUUCCAUCUCUGAAACCAUGAACUGUAAUUUCUGCCUGCGACCCACCAAACUGCCAGUGUGUGACUUCACCGACCUGCGCACAGGGGAGCCAUGGUUCUGCUUCAAGCCAAAACAACUGGGCUGUGAAAGCAGAAUCAGCCAUUCCAUGGGAGGAUAUCAUGCCAAAAUAUUCCAUGACCCUGGUGAAGAAAAGGUUUUCCAAAUUGGUGUCAACAUGAAAGUGAAACUGAGAUCUGAAGGACCAGCGUUUGUGAACGUGCUGCCACAGAGGAAUGCUUCAUCAGGUUCAGAGAGGAACAGAACCGUAGAGAACUUGGGACAUUCUGGAUAUUACUACCGUGGAGAGUGGCAGGCCCUGGAUGGGACCAGAGUUCAGCAUUUUCAAAAGCCUGCUGCCAUGAGUAAAUGUCUCCAAGGAAAGAAGAUCUACAUGUUUGGAGACUCCACUGUCAGACAGUGGUAUGAAUACCUUGUUGAAAAACUGCCAGGUCUGGUGAAUUUUGAUUUCCACAAUGGCCCAAUGACCGGACCGUACAUGGCGACCGACAUUGCAAACAACAUCUUCAUGCUCUACCAGGUCCAUGGUCUGCCCAUACGUAUACGACCCAUCUCAGUCAGCAAGCUGCGAGUCUGCGACCUGCUUUGCUGCUCUCAGGAACAGAUUGCAGUGACAUUAAAGGUCGCUCACUUCAAACUACCAGUGGAGUCUUCAUCAUUCAGCCUCCUGGAGUCAACAAUUCCUUUCAGGUGUUCUGUGAGAUGGAGGAUGUCAGAAGGAGGCUGGACUGUCUUUCAAAGACGCAGUGGAAAUGAAGUGUCUUUCGACAGAAAAUGGGCGGCUUACAAGGAUGGAUUUGGUAGUCUGGAAGAGAAUGAAUGCGUGUCCACCAGGAGAGGCGGUUGGUGGUACAGCCGCUGUGGUUCGGCUGAGCUCAAUGGUGACUGGCAUGAGCUGGGUAACCACCUCGGCUGGGCCUCAGGCCUCCACUGGGAUACAUGGAAAGCGCCUUACUCCCUCAAAGCUACAAGGAUGAUGGUGAAGGCAGCGUGA